UCUCAGUGUACUUUUCGCAAGCAAGAAAUGGCAGCUGUAACCAAGACCGAAAAGAAAAAGUUACAUUGUCCAGCUUUAGAGGAACUGUGCAAUGUAUUGGAGUCGGGAUUAAACAAAAAUUUUGCUGACGUUCAAGUUGGUGUUGUCGACUGUCCAGACCUGACCAAAGAGCCAUUUCAGUUUCCGGUCAAAGGCUUGUGCGGGAAUCCUCGUAUUACUGAUGUUGGCGGUGUACCAUAUCUCGUUCCUCUGGUACAGAGGCACAAGGAGUAUGACAUGAACACUGUAUCUAAAGAGGUGGAACUUCCAGGAGCAUUCAUCCUCGGAGCUGCAGCGGCACCUUCUAGAGUUGUUGGAAUGAACGCAGAAUUCAUGCCCCUGGUCAAGACGGAGACAGAGGGAAGACCUGCAGUGAAUGGCAGCUACUUCUCCUCCAUCAAUCCAGCCGAUGGCAAGUGCCUACAAGAAAAGUAUAGCGACACAUUCCCAGGCUGCCAGUUUGGGCUGAUGGGCAAUCUGUAUGCUUGUGAAGGAAAACCUGGAAAGGUCAUAGAGGUAAGGGUCAAAAAAAGAACUGGGGAGGACAGCCUGGUCACUGCCAUGAGGAAGACUCUCGAAGCCCACUACCCCGAUAAAAACCUGGCUCUUGGUGGCACCUUUAUCAUCCAGAAAGGAAAAGCAAAAAUUCACAUAAUGCCAAGAGAGUUUUCCGUCUGUCCCCUAAACACCGACGACGAGGUCAACGAUUGGCUGAAACACUACGAGAUCGACGCACCGAUCAUCUGUCUGUCUGUGUUCGUAUCUAAAGACCCGGGGCUGGACCUGCGUGUGGAGCACACCCAUUGCUUCAGCCAUCACGGUGAAGGGGGUCAUUAUUAUAUAGAUACCACACCUGAUACGGUGGAGUAUAUGGGCUACUUCCUACCUGCUGAAUACCUCUACCGCAUCGACCGGCCACAGGAGUCUCAUGCCAUUGGACGGGACUGAGAAAAAAGGAACCUUCAUUGUGUUCACGAUUCUAAGAAGCACAAAUCUUUUAAUUAACCUCACAUUCAAUUGAUAACCAUGUAAUAUAUACGUGAUGGUGUCAAAAUCAUUUCAAAUAAGACAUUUCAGGAUUGUACUGCAUUCAUUCAUCGCUACAUUUUAUCAGCCUAGUGAUACCCUAUUGAAGUCGUGAGUUUGCAUUCUGUUUCGGCAGACAUGCAUUCUGGAAUGCAAACUUGAACAUCUGGAUGGUAUCAUGGUGAAACUUACAUUUCAUGUCAAACAAGUUCAAUUUUUGUAUAUGAUGUAGCCACCUGUUUCUCCAGUUGGCUAACGGAUACUUAAAAUAAACGAACACUAACUGAAA